UCUUUUGGAUUUUCGAAGAGUGACGCUCACUCUCCCCUCUGCAAUGGCGACCAUCGUGGACUCCUUCGCUCCUCCUAUUCCGACUCACCCACCCGCCGGUUCAACUCGGUGUACGUCGCCGUUUCCUCCCCGCCACUUCAUUCCCUGCCUCAUCAACCGCUCCAUCCACUGCCGCUCAAUUUCUUGCCAUGCCCAGACGACUAAAGCUUUUGCAGUUCCCAGGAGGAAUGCGGUGGUCUUAAUCUUGUCAAGCUAUUUCUUCUCAAGAGUUAGUUUGCCUGAUGCUGCAUUUGCUCAACCAUCCGUUGGGUUCAGAGAAUACAUAGAUACUUUUGAUGGCUAUUCGUUUAAGUACCCUCAGAACUGGAUUCAAGUCCGAGGUGCUGGGGCUGACAUAUUCUUCAGGGACCCUUAUGUUCUUGAUGAAAAUAUCUCUGUGGAGUUGUCCUCCCCCUCAUCCUCCAAGUACAAGAGUGUUGAAGACUUGGGUCCCCCUCAAGAAGCUGGACAGAAAGUACUUAAGCAGUAUUUGACAGAGUUCAUGUCUACAAGGCUUGGUGUCAGGCGCGAAUCAAAUAUUCUUUCCACAUCUUCGAAUGUCGCUGACGAUGGGAGGACAUACUAUCAAGUCGAGGUAAACAUAAAGUCAUAUGCAAGCAACAAUGAGCUGGCUGUUAUGCCACAAGAACGUGUGGUUCGUUUGGAAUGGGACCGGCGCUACCUUUCAGUUCUUGGAGUAGAAAACAAUCGGCUGUACGAGCUGAGGCUGCAAACACCUGAAAAUGUGUUCUUGGAAGAGGAAAAUGAUCUUCGCCGAGUAAUGGAUUCCUUCAGAGUAAACAAGGUGCUUGGUUGACUGGUGCUAGCCUCUUCUUUUUUAAUGUUUUUGACUUUUUUCUUAUUCUCCCCAUUCUUUUUUGUAUUAUCCAAUUUCUUUUUUGGUUUACUACGGAUUAAAAAAGAUAACAGAGCAUCAUCAUUAUUCUUGUUCUUGCUAUCUUUUCAUCCCUUACUCCUUUAAGGGUAAUGGUUUUACUUGGAGUGAGUUUGUAUCAA